AUGGAUUUCCUUGUAUUCAGAACAUCUGAUGCUCAUGAAUCUCAGGCUGCUUACGACAAUAUUUGCGAAAUUUUCGGCGAAGAACCACAAGCACAGAUCUAUUUUGACAAGCAAUGGAAGCCAUACCUUCAUCUUUGGAUGGCGCAGUACAGGAAUGGAGGAGAUUCCACCAAUAAUGGCAGAAUCGCAUUUCAAGCAAUUGAAGUAUUCCUUCUUUUUGGGCAAAAAACAUAUGAGGAUCGAUGA